AUAUGUAUUUAUCAUUUAAAUUUUUCCCUUAGAAAUUGUGCACAUGGUGUGUAUGUAUUAGUAUAAGAAUGAAAAUUCCAUGGUUAUUAAUUAAGUUGGUUAUAUAAGUUUAAGAUGAAAUUAUAUGUGUGUUUUUGUGUACGUAUAUAUAUUAUAUGUAUAAAUAGGGGGAAGUGGUGGUGCAAUGAAAGAAGUUGACAUAAAUCAAGUACCAUCAUCUGGAACAGAAGAAGAAUGCAUGCAAGAAGAAGAAGAAGACGACGACGAAGAUGAAAGCCCGAAUGGGGGGCCAGGCCCGAGAAAGAAACUCCGUCUUACAAAAGAACAGUCUCGUCUUCUUGAACAAACCUUCUUACAUAAUCAAACCUUAAACCAUAAAGAAAAGGAGAGUUUGGCAAUUGAAUUAAAAUUGAAGCCAAGGCAAGUGGAGGUGUGGUUUCAAAACCGUAGAGCAAGGUAAUUUUUAUUUU